AUGGACCCACGGCUGCAGCAAGCACUCAACCGAGUGGCCCCUUCUCAAGACACAGCCAUGCAUGUGCCAGAAGGCUCCGUCGCCAGCCACUUGGGAACCACGAGUCGUGGUUACUUCUAUUUCACCACGACCGUGCUGGCUUUGUGUCUCGUCUUUGCUGUGGCAACCAUCAUGGUGUUGGUAGUUCAGAAGAAGGAUUCCAUUCCCAACCCACCUGGAAAAUUCCCCCUUAAAGGAGGAAAUUGCUCAGAAGACAUCUCAUGUAUACUGGAAAAGGCUCCAUUCAAGAAGUCAUGGGCCUACCUCCAAGUGUCAAAGCAUAUAAACAAAUCCAAGUUGUCUUGGAACAAAGAUGGCAUUGUCCAUGGAGUCAGCUAUCAGGAUGGGAAUCUGGUAAUCCAGUUCCCAGGUUGGUACUUCAUCAUUUGCCAACUGCAAUUUCUCGUGAAAUGCCCAGAACAUUCUGUUGACCUAAAGUUGGAGCUUCUCAUCAACAAAGAUGUCAAAAAGCAGGCGCUGGUGACAGUGUGUGAAUCUGGAGUGCAAAACAAAAACAUAUACCAAAAUCUCUCUCAGUUCUUGCUGGAGCAUCUGCAGGUCAAUACCACCAUAUCAGUCAAAGUGGAUAAAUUCCAGUAUGUGGAUACAAACACCUUUCCUCUUGAGAAUGUGUUGUCCAUCUUCUUAUAUAGUAGUUUAGACUGAACCAUUUCUCCUGGCCUUCAGGAAGAAAGCAACUCUCUACCAUACAGUAUUCAUCCAUCAAACACUUGGGCAAAAAGAAAACUCAAGACCAAGACUAAAACCACAAAGGGUAUUAAAUAACACGCUUCUCCUUCUUGUCUCUUGGGAAGAU